UUUGGUCAAGCUAAUAAUGGCGGAAGUUUCAAGUAACAUGCCUCCUCAGCUUUCGAGGCUUAGUACAACUUCUUACUUUCCGACAAUUCCUAGAGGAGUUCCAAAAGCUGCUAUUUCAUAUUCACAAUCUGUCAAUGAAGCGCCAUACACAGCAUUGAUGGGUGUGAUUGUGGAUGGAAGAUAUCCAGAAAGGCAUGCUGUUACACCUAGAUGUCGAGUUAGGAAACAGGUUGGAGGUACCAACAGAUGGCGUUUGCCAGAUUCCCUUGGGAGCGAUCUCCUUGGCAGCAGGCAAGCCAUCAAAUCUAUCAACAUGCCGUACAACACAAAUAUGAUAAAUAUUAUAACAGCUGAGAAUCCCCAGUCAUCUUUACACUUAGAAGCUGAGAGACCUUAUGUAUUCCAUCAGGUAGUAGAUCGUCCUCUUACAGUGUCUCAAGUACCAAGUACUGCUAGCAGUAAGCCAGGUUUAGGACUACUUUCCAGGGAAUCUACCGUUCUUGUCAGAGCUCCUUCAAAGCUAAGGGGUCCAACACCAAGUACUUCAGGUCCAAUUAGGAAGUUUAUACCUGCUAAUGCCAGACCAGCUACACCUAAAGAUAUAUUUCUGUAUCAUUCCAAGAAAAGCCAGAGUUUUAUUGGACCAGUUAGAAAAAUACCAGACCAUGGGUACCUUGGACCUUUGUCUAAAUAUGAUGUAGUAUUAAAGUGUUUAGGUAUGGACUGGGAAUUACAUAGACCAUACUUACAGAAGGCUGAGGUUCUGUCACAGUUACUGAAGCAAGCAGGAGAGCCUCAUAUGCAGAAAUAUUAUAGAAAUCCAGCUUCUGAAACAUUGGAUACAUACAUCAAGAAAAAUAAUGUUUACAGUAAUGAAUACAAAGAUAUAAGUAAUAGAUUAAGCAUGGUUGAAGGAGAUGAAGAGGGACCUAAGAAGUUAGACCACCCAGCACAUACAUCAGAGAAGAGAAUCAGUAGUGUUACAAUGAUCAAACUAGAUAUCAAAGAUCCACUCAUCACUAAAACUGCCAUGGCUGUUGCUCUUGGUAACCUUUACCAUGAUGAGUUAGACGUUGAUAUGGAAGACGUAGCUAACGUUCUUGCUGCAUCUUCACAUAUUGGUUAUAAAGCUUUACAAAAUGGAUGUGCAAGAUUAAUGCUAAAUAACAUUUCCUAUAAAACUGUGUGUAGAUAUCACCAUGCUUGUACAAAGUAUCAACAAGAAGAGGUAGUGAAAGCUUGUGAAAGAUGGUUAGAACUGAACUUGUUACCAGAAUUGUCAAAUCAGAUAUACCUUAGAGAAAUCAGCAUGGAACUGUUACAGAAAAUACUCAAGUCUAAUAGGUUAUAUGUACCAAAUGAGUAUACUGUAUACAGAACUUUAUCAUACUGGUUAUUCCUACAACUAAAUCCAAGUAUCCAGUUAAUGCCAUCUCAUAGUACAGUAUUAUCAUACUUUAAUAGUUUACCUAAAACAGGAUCAUUUCUAGAAAGAGAUGAUGGCCAAAUUUAUGGACCAUUGUUUUCAGCCGUCAGAUUACAAGGAAUUAUAGAUACUAAUCAAAUCAGAGAUAUGCAGUUGAUGAACAUCUUACCACAGAGUCAGUUGAUAGAUUUAUUAACACAACAUUAUCAUGCUCUACAAGGUGGGGGAGAUAUGUCUGCAUUAAAGCAUUUCAACACAGGCGCUAUUAGACAAGGAUUCAUUAUUGAUGAGGAACCACAUUAUCACUCAGAAGUGUUAUCCAUACACGGGUUUCACUUUGAAUUAAAAGCUGCUAGAAACGCUAUAGGCCAAUUAUCUAUAUAUAUGCAGAGAUUAAAACCUGGAGACCCAAUUUUAAGUUUCCGCCAAUGUGAGCGUCACACAUUUUCUAUUAGGACAGAUCGUGAAGUUAGGUACUGUAUAAUGGUACAAGACUCAGGGGAUGACUUAAAAACAACAGGAAUAGUAUCACAAAAGUUUGGAUUGGGUGAGAAAGUAGGUAAAAGUGAGAUAUUACAGUUGGACAAGAUUAGAACUCCUCUGUAUAUAAGUUUCUCUCUUCUGUUUCCUGCAUCAUGAGAAAGUUACGUUAAUAGAUAACAGUUUUAUUAUAAGACUGAGCAUAACUGGAUUAGUUAAUCUACAUAUGUAUACAUAAAUACUGAAAUAAAUAUCAUGUGGAUUCAUUAUUUUUUGUGGAUUACUCAUUUUUGUGGAUUUCAAGGGUAAAGAUAAACUCAAAUAUAAGGAUUCAACAAUAUACAAAUUUAUUGUAGACUUGUGUGCAGAGAUUGUCAAAACCAUAAAACCAAGUAUCAUAUUUUUUCCUUGAUCAUCCAAAAUUGGUGCCCUCAAAAAUAAAUGAAAUUCCAGUUAUAAGUCAAAUUGUGAGAUGUUUAACUCUUAUCAAAUUAUUUGUAAACCAAGUUUGUGCAAAAAAUUAUGAAAUGAUAAACAUUUGUAUAAACACUGAAUAAAAGUUUCGAAAGUUAAGUUUUUGAAGUGCCCAGAGUGUAUAUGUUUAAUUAUAUCAUUUCUAUAUGUAAGAAAAUUCUCGGCAAGUACCUUAUCAAACAGAAUUGAAUAUAUUGAUUUUAUGUAGUAAAAAGGGAGAUAACACAGAUGUCACCAUUAUAAAUACAUUAUACUAUGUUUGAUAAGUCUGCUUGUUGAGUAUCCAUCAUUAUAAUAGAUAUAUAUGCUUGUGAUUUUCUUAUAAGAUGGAACAUUUAACGAGGAUUCUUGAAGCUACUUAAUUAUAAACCUUUUAAUAUAGGCAGAAGAUAUAUUUUGAAACUUGAACCUUCAAUUUUUUUUAAUGUCUGAGUAUAGAUGCAAAGUUAAAUCAGUUUACAGCAUUUAAUUUAUAUACAUAUCUAGUGUGGAAUAUCAUGGGUUUUAUUAUAUACUGUGAUAAGUGACUGCCAGGUUUUGCUCAAAGUGCUUGUGUGUUAUCGUUUUGCACAUUUUAAGCUGUGAUAUGACACCAUGUUGUUGUGAUAAAAUAUGUUUAUUUUUGUUAUUGACUAGUCAAUUUCUAAAUUGUGUUAUAUUGUAAAUAAAAAAGCGUUUGCUAUCAUGUAUAAGUUUCUUGCACGAAGGGUUAUUUUAUUAUAAAAGGAUGGAAUAUUUCCAAUUUAGUUUGUUUUUUGUUUUUCUACAAAUGUUAAAUAUGAAAUUUAAACUCAUUUUCAUUUUUAUAUGAAUUAGUUCAAAACCGUGUACAGUUAUGCAGAGCUUAUAUGUUUACAUUGUCGUAGUUCUUUUAUUGUUUUAAAAGUAUUUUGUUAAUGCAGUUCUCUUUAACUGUGAUACUACAAGGUGAAAAUCUUUGUUAGUACUCUAAAUUGAUUUAUUGUUUUGAUGGAAAGUUUUAGUAUCUUUCCAUGUAUGUAUGUAUUUAUUUAAUAAUUUUUUGUUUUAUUUCUUUUCUAUUUCUUUUAUAUAUAUUUUUUUCAAUCAUUUUUUUCUUCUGUUUAGUUGGAAUUUAACAUGUUUGUGUGUGUGUAUGUAUGUAUGUAUUUUUUUAUGAUAAUUUUACACUAUUACAGUGAAAAUAUUUGUUGGUAAUCUUAUUUGAUUUUUUGUUUUGAUGGAAAGUUAUAAAUCUUUCCAUGUAUGUAUGUCUUUAUUUAUUAAUUUUUCGUUUUGUUUCUUUUCUAUUUCUUUUAUCUAUAUUUUUUUCAAUCAUUUUUUUUCUUCUGUUUAGUUGGAUUGUGUAUGUAUGUAUGUAUGUAUUUUUUUAUGAUAAUUUUACUCUUAUUACAAGAUCAGUUUUAAAAUUUUGAAAGCUAGCUUACAUUUCAUGUUGUAUGUAUGAGACAUCUGAAUGAGUUUUUUUUUGUGCAUACAAUGAGGUCAAACUGAAACUAAUCCCAUUCAUAAAAAAAUGUCAUUUAAUUGUAAAAAACUAUUGUCUGUUAAAAGAAAAAAAUAAUUCUACCCGAAACUAUAGAAUUUACUAACUUAGGACAUAUUAAAAUAAGGAGAUGUAGUAUGAUUGCCAAUGAGACAACUAUCCACCAAAGUUCAAAUAAUAGUUUUUGUUGGGUUUAAACAUAUUUUAUUCGCUCAAAUAUGCAAAAGGGAUGAGACAAAAGUAAAUAAAACUUAUGAAGUCUUCUUUGUUUUUUGGUUUUGUAAUAUUGAACCUUUCAGUUAGCAGUAGGAUUAAACAACAGUCUGUUUGCAUUUCAGAGGAUAAUAUUUUGUCCUCAAUCAGUAACAGAAUAAAAAAUUUGACCUGGCAAUUUAUCAUCUGUUCACACAAUCUUGCAAAACAUUGUGAUGAAUGGUCAGUUUUUUUUUUUCUUGUAAUUUCCCAGUUGGCUAAUUUACAGUAUAAUUUUACACCCUGGAUAGAAGUGGUUAAGAUUGAAUAGAAAACAAAUGUAAAAAAGAACAUUUCAUAAGAGAGUAAAAAAUGUGUUCUAUGUUGAAGAUAAUUUUUUUACUGAAGAAUAUUGAUUAUGAUAUUAUUAUACCAUAAUUUCAUGUCCAUGGGGAACCCAAAUCAAUAUUAGAUGAUGAACGAUAUUACAGUUCUAGGAUUAAAAAAAAUGGAUGUCAUCUGGUGUCAACUUUCUUAAGCACCGUUAUGAUUAACAUAAUCUUAUUAUCUCCUUAACAAAACUAUCGUCAAUUUACACAUUGCAAAUUGUUCAUCUUGUGGGCGAAAAUCAGAGAGCACAUCUAAUUGUGCAUACUUCUUUGUUGUUAUAUACUAAAAAAGUGAUUACUACCAGAAACAAUUGAGUUACUUGGCAAUUCAAUCAGGUUCUACCAUAUAACAUACUUUACGUCCUAUUGAAAUUAUCACAAAGAUUGUAUGUCCCUUUAAAUAGAGAUUGCUUCUCUAUAUGAAACUUUGCCCUUUUAUUUCAAAUAUUUCUGUCUGAGAAAACAAAUUUCAUUAUUUUCAUACACACUAUUUUUAUAUAUACAAACAUAAGCACUUUUUAAACAAAUUUAAUUGUACUUUUAUUUUAUUGUUUUUCUGUAAGUUAGACUUUCAAGUGGUCUUACACUUUAGUUUGAUUACUGCACUACACUUUAACUGUCAAGGAUGUUUUUUCCCCACUUGAAUUAUUUAAAUUAUUGACGCAGCUGAAAUCUUUUAAUUAUAGAAGUGACAGAUGGAAUUCAUGUCAGGAUGUAACUUGAAAAAUAAAAACUACAAAAAUAAGUUUUUUCAAACUGUUGUUAGAAGUUAAAGGGUUUCUUAUUCUAAUUUAUUUCUUAAAAAGGGGGAGGGGGGGGGGGGGGGGGGGGGUAUGUUGCUGUGUUUUAUGUUUUUUUUAUUUUUGAUUUAAUUUGAUAGUUUUUGAUAACAAAAAUUUAUUAGAUCUAUUUUUUUUUACAAAGUUAACUGUUACAUCAGGAUUCACAAUGCAUUAGUAAAACCUUUAAACAGAUGCUGUGUGAUUUCUACGAUUUUCUUAUUGUUAAUACUGCUUUUUAUGAAUUAAUGUGUUGGUUUUUUGUUUGUUUCAUGCAAUAACUUUAUAUUUUGAGGAAAAUAUAUGACCAGUCAUAUGAAAAAUUAUUGAACAGUAAUAUAAUAACUGCCAAAAGAAGUGGAUUACUAUUUUGAAAAUAUGCAACUCUGCUUUGACGUUAUUAACGUUCACUUAAGUAAUGUAUAAGAUUAAAAAAAAAAACAGAGGACAAAAAAUAUCCCAUUUAUUCUUUUGGCAAAGUGUAUUUUUGAAAAUUCGUAAUAAAUACAAAAAAAGAUCAACAUUUUCUGAAUGAAUAUUAUCAAAACCGUUGUAAAAUUGUCAGAUCAUUUUAAUCAUUUGUUUUUCUGUAAUGAUCGUACUUAUCUUUCGUGUAAAGAUAUUUGGAGGUACAGUAUAAAAAAUAAGAUUAAAUUAAACUUUUGAUUACAUUAUUUACUUACUUCAACCAAAUGGUCUAUGUUUCCUGUUAAUCAUUUUGAACGAAGAGGAAUGUUGUUGUUUUUAAAAAAGUCUUAAAAUCUUGUGAUAAUGUCUGCAUUUAUAUAUUAAUUGUUAUUAUUAUAUAACCUACAGUCUAGUUAAGUUUUAUUUCAUUUUACAAAACGAAUCUGUAUACAUCACAAUAAUUAUCUGCACUUUUUUGUUAUGUAUUAAAGUCAACACUUUUAUUUAUUUUAUAUUUUUGGUGAAAAUAUCUAAUAUUUAUUGACAAUUUGCACUCAAUAUCUUGUAUUCAGAGUGCUUUCUUUUUUUUUUUUUAUUUCAAAAUAGAAAUAAUUGAUCACAAUUUGAAAAAAAAACAUUAUUUGAUGUUAUCUUUUCAUGUUAUGUUUUCCAUUUAAGAUAAUUUUGAAUUGAAUUGUUGAAUGGUCAUUAAUGAAAUGAUAUUUAAUCAAGAACAAAAAAUGAAUCACCUGUAUUUUACAUUCUUCUACACAUAUCUUUUUGCACAAAUAAAAGCUUUUAAUUGUGAUGUACUGUAGCUAAUACUAGACAAGUUUUACUGUAAUUGCAUAAACUCUCCAGUUUUUAUACAGUCCUGUGGAUUCAUUAUUUUAUUUGUGGGGAACCAAUGUUUUUUUGAUUUUAUGGACAUAGGUAAACCAGAAGUUAAAGUGUUCAACCAAGUACAAAUGGAUUGAAAAAUCAUGUAUUCACGAACAUUCACUUUUUCUUCAUCCACAAAAAUUGAUACCCAGGAAAAAAAUAUAUCCACAGUAUACUAUAUUUGAAAUUUGACAGUAACUUAUUUAGUUGAGUACAUUGUCUGUCAAUAUGGGUACACUGUAAGACAGGACAAAAUGUUAUGACCUUAGGGAAAAUUCAGCCAUAUAUUUAUUUUUAUAUACAAACGGUUUAUUUUAAAGUUGAACUAAAUUUGCUAUAAAGUGCCAUGUAUGUAAAUGUUUCAGUUUAAAAGCCAUUUAGAUAUAUCUUGAUUUUAAAAUAUUUAAUCAAAAGUUGUUGAGGCAAUAAACUUAUUUUAUGCAUUAGUGUUUUAUUAUUGCAUAAAAGAAAAAAGUCAUUAAAUUUGAUACUGUUUUGCGAAUUGAUAUAAAAAUGCAAUGAAAUAUUAAUCACUAUGUGAUAUUUACUUUUACACAGUAACGUUGAUAAAUUUAGAAAAUAUUUUAAAUUUUCAAAUAGAAACACCUCGAAAACUUAUAUUUCUACAUUCACUCAUAAAACCUUUAAAAUAACACUUCCUAUUCUAUGUGGUAUCAUAUCAUAUAAGAAAAAAAUAUACUUUUUUAUAGACACAUAUUUUUAUAAAGAUGAACUCCCAUGUUUUUGCUCUUUUUGUAAGUUGAUAACAUAUUUACAAUCAUUCAGCAUUUUGCUUAUACAUAGCUGUGAUAAAACCUUAUUUAUUUUUUGUAUGAUUUCAGAUCAGUAUUUUCAAAUUUGCUGUGAUAUUACCUAUAUUUUAUGUGCUUCUUCCUGUUGAAUAAAAUAAAUAUUACUUUAA